CAAGUGAGAAAAAAAACAACAAAUAGUUUUGGUGCUUCGGAGAAGAAAGAAAAGAGUGCUCUUGUGUUGGAAAAUUUCACCUCAAAAAGUGCUAAAUUCGUUCGGGUUGAAAAUCUAUACGUUCACUCCAUUAUGGAGGCAGUACCGCGGAUGCCGAUGGUUAGCUUCGAGCUGAAAACGAGCCCCGAACAGACCAACUUCUCUGCCCUGAAACAGUACAUAGCGGAGUACUACCAGGAAGAUCCGGCAUCCUACUCCAAGGAAUGCUACCAGCUCGAGCAACUCCGUGGAAAUGCCGUAAGGCCUACGCGGGAUGUGGAAGGAACGGCCACUAUUCGUCGCUACUACUGCCAGCUACACUCGAUCCAGAACCGCUUUUUGCUGGGAACGGUUAGCGAAGGACAGCAAAUGUUAUCGUUCCACUGGAAAGAUCUGUACUCCGGCUGUGUGCUCAUGCGAUGGAACAUCAAAUACGAGAUGGCCGUCGUGCUGCACAACUUUGCCGCUCUGCACACGCAGCUCGGAGCCGCCGAGAGUCGAUCCGAUCCGGAAAGCAUGAAGAAAGCAUGCACACACUUCCAGUGUGCGGCAUGGGCAUACGGCUAUGUGAAGGACAAUUAUGCGCUGCUACUGCAGGGUGAUCUUUCCACGGAAUUGCUCAUCUUUAUGCAGGCGCUUUGUCUCGCCCAGGCACAGGAAUGUAUCAUGGAGAAAAGUUUGUGCGAUAAUCGAAAAUCGGGCAUUAUCGCGAAGGUGACAGCACAGAUCGUGAGCUACUACAAUUCGGCACUGGCAGCGCUGCUCACGCAGAACGGUGACGAUGGCCGCAUUCAGGACAUCGUCGGCAGCAAGCAAUUUAAGGAGUGGCGUCGUUAUGUGCGAUUUAAAAUUUCCUAUCUUUCCUGCAUACUGCUGCUGUACCAGGGACAACAGUCGGAGGAGCAGCAGAAGAUGGGCGAACGAGUCGCACUGUACCAGGCGUCGUUCGAUAAGCUGGAGGAAGCUCGCAAAGAAUCGAAGGGCCUGGCACAGAUCGAGCAAGUGAACGAGGCACUCCAAUUCACGAUGGAUGUGGUGGAAGCGAAGCGCAAAUCGGCUAAAAAUGAAAACGAAUUCAUCUAUCACGAGGAGGUACCGGACCUGAGUGCCAUUUCCGCCGUGCAGGGGGCGAAUCUGGUGAAUGGGAUCGCCUUUAACGUGAUCGAUCCGGAUGCGAUGGGAGAGGACAUAUUUCAUCGACUCGUGCCGAUGAAGGCACACGAAAGUAGCUCCAUGUACAGUGAGGAAAAGGCCAACCUGCUUCGCACGAUCGGUUCAAAGCUGGACGACAAGGAAGCGGAACUGCAAACUUUUAUCGACUCGCUUAAUUUGGACGCAAUCGAGGCACCGCGAGCAGUGGAUGAUAAGCGUCUCCCUCAGGGUUUGGUCGAUCGUUGCGCAGAACUGCAAGCCAAACCGAACGCCAUCUCCGAUCUGGUACAAUCGAUGUCCACCCUUGCGGACACUUGCUCGGAUGUAGAACUCACUCUGAAGGAGAUAAAAAAUUUGCUUCGGCAAGAUGAAAUCCGGGAAGAGCAGUAUCAGGCAAAAAUUGGGCAAAGGUCGAACGGUGGCGCACAUAUGGUAGAGCUCGGUCGAGAGUUAGCCAAGUACCAGGAGGCUCACAACAAAGCAGGUGAAAGCAACGACACGCUGCGGAAGGCGAUGGGACUGCAUGUGCAUAAUUUGAAGAUCCUUUCACAGCCGCUGCCAGACAUAAAGGCACAGAUACCGGUCUGCGCGGAGAAGAUCGACGAUGGUGUAUUCCAGGAGCUAAACACGAUCGUGCAGAAGGUGAAGGAAAUGAAGUUGCAGCGCAUUAAGCUGUAUCAGGAUCUGCGACACAACGUCACCGAGGACGACAUUACGUCGCAGCUAAUCGCACUGGAGGGCGGAUCGGAGCAGAAGCAAAAGAUGGACGAACUGUUCCGGAAGGAACUGUCCAAGCACGAUCAGUUGGUGGGACUGCUUGAGCAAAACAUGAAAGCACAGGGAAACAUUCUGAAGGCACUGACAGAGGUGUACGCAAAGUGUGCCCCUACGCUAAAGAGUCUAUCCGAUGUGAAAACGAAGCGAGAUCAGUUCUUUUCCUCCCUUUCGGCGUCGUUUGAUGUGUACGAAGAUUUGCUUUCCAAAAGUGCCAAGGGGCUAGAAUUCUACAGAAAGUUGCAAAGCAAUGUACAGAAGCUGUACUCCCGGGUGAAGGCCGCCUGUGACGUACAGGAGGAGGAACGCAACCAGAAGCUUAAGUCGAGCAAUGUGCUAAAACGUUCCUCGAUCGAUAACGCUGCCGUGGCAACGAUUGUAAGUGGUAGCGGUGGAGCUACGACAACCGGAAGCAGCGGUGGAAGUGGUGGACCGAAGCUGAAGGACUAUCUCAAAGCGGGCACUAUCACGCUAGGGUCUAUUAAAGCUGCCGGAGUGGAUAAAAAUCCGGCAAAUCAUUUACCCUCGGUUCGGCCUGCCCCCGUUGGUUCGGAAAGUACGGCACCGAUUGUGGGAGGUGGUGGUGGAGUGUCAAUAGGCGGGACCAGUGGUUACUAUCAGGAUUCGUACACAAAUUAUCAUCAACAGUAUCACCAGCACCAACAGCAACAACAGCAGCAGCAACAGCAACAACAGCAAAUGCAAUACGGAGUUGGAUCCAAUGUGAAUGCCGCAGGUACGGGAUACGAUUACAAUCAGUACUCCACAACACAGCAACAAUCACAAUCGCAACCUGCUGUUUCACCUGCUCCUACGGGAUACGUAAAUCCCAUGUACCAGAACACCAGUGCUACGAAUUACUACUACAAUCAGAACCAAAUUCCUGCACCGAAUCCUCCAGCGACCGGUUACGAUUAUGGACAGUAUGGUCAGCAGCAGGUGAUUCCCCAGCAACAGCCAUCUCCAGCUCCCUCGACGUCAUCUUCUUCGACCGAUGUCAGCCAACAGCAAGCAUCCUGGGCACAGUUGAACCAACAAUUUUCCAACAUGAAUCUCCAACAACCGACGGCUGAUGGAAACUACGGAAAUCAACAAGCUGGACCAAGCACUAAUGCUUCAUAUUCGCAGAGUUCGGGUUACCAGAAUUCUGCUGGAAUGAACCAACAACAUCAAUAUGCCACAGUGUCCCAACCCCAUUCCUAUCCUUCACCAUACCCAACAUCCUCGAGUGAGUCAAUGUCCUCCGUUUCUUCGACUCAGGAUGUAGCGACUUACGGGAACUAUGGUCAAACUUCGAACGGUCAGCAACAGUACCAACAGCCCGGUUCUCAGAUGCAACAAGGAUACUCUUCAACAUCCCAAUACUACCAACAAGCGCCUUAUCAAACGGAACAGACUGCAUCUUAUGGAUCGCAUCCGGGCUAUUCAUACAAUCCUCAAACUGGAGCAUACGACUACACCAGUGGCUUUCAGUACGAUUCAACCAAUUCCACCGUGGGUUCCUACCAGAACCAGUACGUGACUAAUCCUCAGCUAGGAGGUAACGCAACGUACACGGCUUCUGGUCAAACGGCUUCUCCUUCGGUAGAUUCAUCCGCUUCCCAGCCUUAUCAAAUUUCCACUGGAUCUGCAGCGACACCAUCGUACCCGCAAGGACAACCUGCAAAUACGUCCUAUUACGCCCCUAAUGCAAAUCCUACCACCGGUUACUAUCACCAAACGUCCACCUACUCCACCGUACAAUCGAACCAAUAUUUGUCACCGCAAGCCACAGAUGCAGCCACCGUCCCGCAGCAGAAUCCUCUCCCAUCUAACACCGUCAGCAAUAAUCCGAACGAUGCGGCCAGCAUUGCCCAUUACUCGCAUCAUACGAACUCGUACGUAGAUAGCACUGGAUCUCAGAGUGCUACAACUACCGCAUCGGCAUCUACCACAACACCGCAACAGCAAACGGUCGUUACACCGCAAACGGCGGUCAACCAGUCGAAAAAUAUCGAUCUGUUAUCGGGGAUCGAUUUCUCACCCGCCAUUGUUCCACCGAUUUCUGUGCCGAUUUUACAACCACAAUCAUCCAUCGUUGGAUCGAUCGCGGGCAGUACCGUUGAUGGGAGUGAGGUGGGCAGCGUUAUACUAACACCAACGAAAGCAACGGUCGAACCACCAAAGGAGAAGGUGACGAGUGUACCGGAACCGGUACAAAACGCACCCGCCACACCGAGCUCGGUGACGAUUGGGGAACGCAAACCAAGCCUAGACAAUUUGUCCCUUUGUUCGGAUUUAAGCUCAAGCUUCGAUUGGGAAAGUGCAUCGGUUUGUGGUGCUACGGCGACGGUGUCCGGUGCUGCUGCCAAUCCGGCCGAUAAUGUAUUUUUACGACCUGCCAAACCGGAUCCGUUCGAAGAUGCGACCACAUUGAAGUGGUUCCAUAAGGAGGUGGAACGGUUGGAAAAAUUCGUUGAAACAAGUGGUGUGAAGACACUGAACGGAACAACGCCGUUGGAUAGCAAGUGGAAAGAGUUGCAGGAUUUGUUGGUAAAAGAAGAAUCGAAGCGUCAAGUUAGUGUGGCCCGUCUCUUUCCGGAAAAGAAUCGCUCGAUCGAUUGCGUCCCGUACGAUCAUGCCCGCGUCCAGCUGUCAACCGAUACGGACAAUUACAUCAACGCUGUGUACGUAAAGUUUCAAAAGGAUACAAAAUUGGAUCUCGGAUUUGGAUGUCCUCACUUCAUUCUGGCACAGACGCCGCUCCCAAACACGGUAAACGAUUUUUGGAACAUGAUCUGGUCCCAGAAAUCAAACGUGAUCGUUUGUUUGCAUACCGCUAAUGAGCUUUUGGAUCCCUUCUGGCCAACGGAAUUAGGUCAAGAGCUCAGCUAUGGUGAUGUAUCGGUGAAUCUAAUGAAGCAAUUCGAUCUUACGCACUGUACCGAACGUACGUUACGCAUCAGCAUGCUCGGUUCGGACUAUUCGCUUACCGUUGCCUUGCUGCAACCGAAACUGUGGUCGAAAAGCUCACCGGAACAGAUUCUAGGGGUAGCGCAGAACUUGAUCGAUUCGUACCGGCAGUACAAUCACGAGCAGAAGCUACCCCAACUGCGUCCGCUCGUGCUGAACUGUUUGAAUGGUACCGAUCGAUCCAGUUUGAUAACGAUUGCGAUUGUGACCAUACUGGCGACACAAACCCGGAAACCUUUGCUGAUUAAUGUGAUCGACAUAUGGUACCGGAUCUGUUGCCAACGGAAGGGAGCACUGCGCGAUCCGAAUCUGAUUCAGCUUUCCUAUCAGAUUGUGCUGAACAACGGGCACGGCAUACUGAACAAGCGUGGCAUACUGACAUCCUACCAGAUGAAAUCGGCCCAAGUGGCAAGCAGCACUGUGAAGGAGGAAGCAAAUAAUGAUCCGUUUAAAGAUCUUGAUCCACUGUGGAAACUAAAGUAACACAGGGGUGGAAUUAUUAUUACUAUUGGACCGAUAUUGUUGAUGCUGAUACUGCACCGCUCGUGUGACGAUAAAUUGUCUGUUACUCUUUCCACUCGUCUGUGUUUGAGCAUUUCCUGUUCGAUGCAGUGUCAGUUCGACGUCAUCCCAGGGUAGGCCGUUGGGUUUCACUCGUUCCCAUUAUUUAGUCAUCGGCAGCAUUAUUAUUCCAUUUUUAAUUCAUCUAACACUAUUUCGACUAUUCCACAAUUGUUGACCAUGUAUGGUAUAUAUUAUAAAAGGUAUAUUUAUUUGUAUUGCUAGCAAAACAUCCGGUCUCGGUUAGUAAAUUGCAUUACGAAAAUAACUUUAGUUCUCAUCACAUGAAGAUAAGGAGAGCAUAAAUUUAUAAGAAACGUGAGGUACAUGAAGCCUUGUUUUCUUUUGCAAUAAAAUAUCUAUUAUUUGUACGGAACAAA